UACAAUGCCCGGCGGGGCUACCCAACGUACAGCCAGAGUCUACAUGAAGUGAUGGCACUGGAAGCGUUUGUGCAAGGCAUCCACCCGGAGCGGCUGGGAGAACGCCUGAGUGCCCACUGCUCGCUGUCCGCGGCGCUCGCAGAGGCCGAACGGGUGGAAAACAUCGAGGCAUUGUGGAGUCGAGGCAUUGUGUACGCCAGACAUCGAUGGAAGAAGACGGGGAGGAGUUGGAGACGACGCGACAGACCACAGUACAACCACCACAACGCCGCCCACGCGAGUGGAAGAGGCCGGCCAGCGAAGACUGAUGCUACCGGUGUGGCGAGCCGGGACACAUCGCGCCCCAGUCAAACUAGAAGGAGGUGGCACGGCGGGAGGGAGUUUCACUACCUCCCUGGCUAUGGACUGCAUACGGCUGGGCCGGCUCUGCCAAACAAGAGGACACUAUGUGGACUGAACUUCGAGCGGCUGAUGGAGCGUGUCCUGGUGGGCAUUCCACGAACAUGCUGCGUGGUUUACCUGGACGACAUCCUGUGUCAUGCAACAGACUUCACCGGUGCCAGAGAAGUGUUGGCUGUGGUGAUGGCAGUGCGCCAUUUCCAAACCUACCUCUACGGCAAAUGGUUCCUGCUGAGAACGGACCACGCGUCACUCACCUGGCUGCUGAACUUCAAAGAACCAGAGGGCCAGCUGGCUCGCUGGCUGAAGGCGCUCCGGGACUACGACAUGGAGAUUCAACACCGGGCGGGUCGCCUUCACGGCAACGCGGACGCUCUGUCCAGGCGUCCGUGUGCAGCAGACCAGUGCCAGCACAGCCACCGGAGGGAGGAGAGGAGCCUGGCCACGGCUCAACCGGAGCCCGCUCGUCGGCUACAGGCUGCAUCACCACUGGCAGAGAGAGAGAGAGCUGCUGCUUUCAACGCUCGCCAGCAGCAAGCCAGCGAGAGACUCACCGCUCACCAGCGUCACGCCAGCGAGAGACUCACCGCUCGCCAGCGCCGCGCCAACAAGAGAGCCACCACUCGCCAGCUUCACGCCAGCGAGAGAGUCAACCCUCGCCAGCAGCACCCCGAGGUCGUCUCGCCGCCUUCCACUGUCAGCUACAGCGAUCAAGAGACCAGAGACAGCCCACCGCAGCCCAACGCUACAACGCAGCACUGCAGAGUGGCAGCCGGGGCCACGGACGCACAGGCGCCGGUGGACGUGAUGUCAAGAGAGGAGAUCUGGAAGGCACAAUCAGAGGACGCCACACUCAGCCGACGCCACACACACCUGCACAGCAAAGAAGGGCCCCACACGACGCUUGCACGCUCCGCUGCAGCAAUAUUCAGUCGGGGCUCCCAUGGAGCGGGUAGCUGUCGAUGUCAUGGGCCCACUGCCAGUCACAGAGCAGGGAAAUCGCUACGUGCUCGUAGCCAUGGACUAUUACACUAAGUGGCCUGAGGCAUAUGCAGUGCCAGAUCAGAGCGCCCAGACGACAGCAGACAGACUGGUCACUGAGAUGUUCUGCCGGUUCGGGGCACCGGAAGAGCUCCACAGCGACCAAGGGCGGAAUUUCGAGGCAGAGGUGUUCACUGAGGUUUGCCAGCGCAUGGGCAUCCGAAAAACGCGGAGGCCCCACGUUCCUCAUGCCGCUCACGGAACUCCUGCCGGUCGCCGGGCAGGGUCAGGGAGAGGUCGUCCUGGUUGUGGAGUGUUGAGGACGGAGCAGGGCAGUCCAGCCAAUCAGUGGCCAGAGAGCGUGGAUAACCCACCUCAGGGGCGGAGCCUGGGUAGGUGAACUUCCAAUAGGAGCUUUCUUUGAAGAGCUCCUUCCUUCUGGUGCCACAGCAGCCCCUGCCUCCCGGCGGAGGAGCCCUCUCCUGAUGAGGUGAGAUCGGACGCGGGCCGAGGGUAGCCUUCCUGCAGGGAGAGCUCCUUGAAGAGCCAGACCUGUGAGUCUUGCAUGACAACACAAGAGAAGAGAGACAAAACCAUUACCAAAACAGCCCAGCUCACUCAUGCACGCAGGACUUGAAAGCACCUGGGCCCACAUCCCAGCACUGAGGGCUUUAGCCAUGGAGGUUCACUCACUGUCCACUACAAGGCCAUAUCCAUGGAGUCAACACUGGACUGGACGGGGCGGGAUGGAUGGGUAAAUGUGCAUUGGUAUAGAAAAUAAGUCGAGCAAAUAUUCCAGAAACUUGGGUGCACAACAUUUGCAUGUCUGUUUUGCUUUCUGGGCAUGCCUGUUGUGAGUCUAGUUGUUUUAGUUUGAAUAUUGUUUACAUGCUUACAUGGAGCCAUGGUAAUAAAGCCACAUAAAGGCAUACCCAGAAAGCAGAACAGACAUGUAAAUGUUGCACAAGUUUUUUGAAUAUUUGGUCAGGUAUGCAAAAUAAGACCCAUAAACUAGAAAGACACACACACACACACACACACACACACACACACACACACAUGCAUAGAGAGAGUGAAAGAAGAAGAGAAAUAGAGUGUGUCUCACCACUGAUGAAGACAAUGCUGUGGUCUGAGUGUCUCUCCAGCACAGCGCUGACCGAGGUGAGGGUGGGAGGGAGAGCCCCCCAUAGCCGCCGCACUGACACGGCCCUGCCCGACACCAGACCCCCACGACUCACCCUCCACAUGCUUAGACCU